AUGCGUACAAUCAUUCUCUCCGCUCUCCUCCUCGCUGCCUCGGUCGUCGCAAGCCCCGUAGCGAACGCCGUCGAGGCUCGCGCGACACCCAUUCCAGGCUUGUUCGUUGAAAAUGUCGGCGUCACAUCUGACACUUCCGACCUGGAGAAGAUGAAAGCUCGCGACAGUCCUCUCCCAGGCGGUUUCGUUGAAACCGAGGGCGUGACUUCCGACACUUCCGGCCUGGAGAAGAUGAAAGCCCGCGACACGCCUCUCCCCGGCGCUUUCGUCGCAGGCGUUGACGCCACGUCCGACACGUCCGACUUCGAAACUCGCGACACUCCUCUCCCUGGCGCUUUUGUUGAGGGCGUCGGCGUGACGUCCGACACUUCCGAUUUCAAAAAGCGAAACGUGACCUCCCCCGGGAAGUUCGUCGAGAAGACCGGUGUCACGUCGAACGUGAAACAAUACACGGGAAGAAACGACGCUUGA